AUGUUCUCAGCCUCCAGGUUCUUCCGCCGACGGGGUGCGGAUCGUGACCCCGCUACCGAGUCCCACGCCUCUUACGAAGUGCCUUUGUACACAAAUGCAGCCUACUAUCCGAAUUGGAGAAUCUAUCGAAAGGAACCUCCCUCAUCUUUACGCUUGGGAUUUAUCUCUCACGUGUUCUACGCAUUUGCCUGGGUGAAAGAUGAUGGUACUGUCUAUUUGAGCGAUGAGUGGGCUGAUACCCAGAUGCCCGUUGACGGCGCAGAAGGUUGUCUGAGAGCCUUUGUCCAAUUGAAACAACAGUACUCUAAGAUGAGGGUCAUUCUCUCUGUUGGUGGUGGUGGAAAAGGCAGUGAGAACUUUGCUGCUGUAGCCAACAGCCGCUCUCGGGUGGACACUUUCGUUCGCACCGCGCGGGAACUGGUGGAUCAAUUUGGAAUUGAUGGCAUUGACAUUGAUUGGGAACAUCCCUCUGAUUCCAAACAAGGAAAAGAUUAUGUUCGUCUCCUCGCACGCCUCCGGGAUGUGCUACCCGCUCCGCGAUACGUCCUCACCACCGCCCUCCCUGCUGGCCAGUGGGCAUUGCGCAACAUUGACCUUGCCGCGGCACAAAAGUAUCUUGACAUGAUCAAUCUCAUGACCUACGAUUUCGCUGGACCAUGGGAACCCGAGACGGGCCACCAGGCGCAGCUUUAUGGCUCAGGUGUGUCUGGCGAUUCGGCGGUUUCUUAUGUCGUAAGUCAAGGAGUGUCACCUAGAAAGAUCAUUUUGGGUGUCCCAGUGUACGGGCGAUCCUUCCUGGGUAGCAAUGGGCCUGGUCAGCGGUACACUGGACACGGUGGCGAGGAUGGUGUUUUUGACUAUCGCGAUCUGCCCCGACCGGGGACACAGGAGUACUAUGACCGGAACAUCGGUGCAUCAUUCUGUACUGGAGCCGAUGGCGGUUUUGUCACAUACGAUACGCCAGAAACAGUAAAACAGAAGGCAGAAUUUGUGACCUCGUCGAAACUGGGUGGCCUGUUCUACUGGCAUGUGUGCUCUGAUGCUCGAGGACCGCGCAGUUUGGUUGAGACAGGAUACAAUACACUACACGAGAUGUGA